CACGUGAUAUGUCGAUCAACAUGGCGGAUGCCCAGUGUUGUUGAUGUACCAGAAAAUUCUAGUCCGCAUGAUGCGCCUAUGUGAGAGCUGAAACCAUGUCUGUGUGGAAGAGACUCCAGAGGGUUGGCAAGUCUGCUUCCAAGUUUCAGUUUACUGCGUCGUACCAAGAACUUGCUGUAGAGUGUUCCAAGAAGUGGCAACCUUCAAAACUUUGUGUAGUAUGGACAAGGAGGAACAGAAGGAGAUCAACUCAGCCUUACACAUGGGAGCCAACUCUGCAGAACCCCUACAUGGGGUUGGUGACGUGGACAGUCCCGGAGAACAUAGACAUCACUGUCACAUUGUUCAGGGACUCGCGCCAGCAUGAGUACGAAGAUAAGGAGUGGGUCUUCACUGUCGAAGAUCAAUCCAAAGGUAGCCGGAAGAUUCUGGCGUCCAAGGCGAUCAACAUGAAGGAUUAUGCCAGUCCUCUCCCAACCCAGACUACUCUGAAACUGAAGCUGAAGCCUGCCAGCAAGAAAAUAAUUUCUGCCACACUGCAACUCACACUGUCAUGUGUGUUUGUGCGAGAGGGAAAAGCUACAGACGAAGACAUGCAGAGUGUGGCAAGUUUAAUGAGUAUGGGAAAGACGGACAUCGGUAACCUGGAGGACCUGGAGGAGGAGGACGAGAGCGGGCUGGGGGUCAAAGGUGACACGAGCAUGUCCACCAAGAGCCAGAUCAGCGACAUCACGGCACAGAUGAGUCAGCUAGAGGCUCACUUUGGUAAUCCCUUUGAGGAUGACGGUUACCAGCAUGACGCUUUCAAUCCGUUUGCUGAUGAUGUGUAUGGUAAAAAAGAAGACCCGGUAGCUUCAGGAGACGGAGGGUUGAAUCCGUUCGAAGAGGAGGAGGAGGAGGAAGAGGAGGAGGACGACAUAGGAGCUGCCUUUGACUCUUACAAAUCAUCUCAGGGAGAUUCCCCGUCUGCUGCGAACCCGUUUGAAGAAACGGACGAGUCUGUGAGUGAGCCGGCAACCCCCUCCAGGAAAAGUAGUUCCUCGUCUCCCAGGGUCUCCCCUACCAAGGAGAAGCCUCAAAGAACUCCGUUGUCUCCGUCUUCGCCGAAAUCCAAGAAGAUGGGCAAGUCUGCCACGCUGCCGGCGAAUAUGUCGAGCAAAGACUCUCUGGCCCAAGGUCAGGGCAAGGACGGGAAGAGGUUGACCUUGACCAUGCGGCAGUCGCAGUCGUCCGGGGAGCGGCCGAUCUACGAGGGCACGCCGCCGUCCACGCCAGAGGAGGAGAAGAAAGUGUCGAUCAGACCCAUCACUCCUCCCAUGCAGGAGAAGGAAAAGCCUCAAGGCGGUGAACAAGUGUCUGAUACUCCUGGCUCCAAGUCCAUAAAUUCUAGUCAGGUCACGUCCCCGUCCCCCAACAAUCCGUUUGAGGAGCUCCUGGAGUGGUGUCGUCAGGUGUCCAAGGGUUACCGCGGGGUCAAGAUCACCAACCUGACAACUUCCUGGCGGAACGGACUCGCCUUCUGUGCCAUCGUACACCACUUUCGUCCUGAUCUGAUAAAUUACCAGAAGCUCAAUCCUCAUGAUAUCAAGGGAAAUAAUAAAAUGGCCUUUGACGCAGCAGCCAAACUGGGCAUCCCCAAAGUGAUUGAGCCGUCGGACAUGGUCCUGCUGGCGGUGCCGGACAAGCUGUGCGUGAUGACCUACCUGCACCAGCUCCGCUCCUACUUCACCGGGCAGACCCUGGAGGUGCAGCAGAUUGGUCCCAGCGCCAGCGAGAGCACGUACACACUAGGUGAGCACGAUGAGGAGGAUGAGCAGAGGAUAUCGGAGGAGAUGUACGGCCACAAGGAUGGGGUGAGGAAGUCCUCCACGUCCUCGUCCCUCUCCUCCAGGCUGCGCAAGUCGUCCUCCGGCAGCCCCACGGAGGACCGUAGCCCCAGCUCCAGCCGACAGACCAGCCCGCCUGCCCCGGACCUCAACACGUCCGGCAAGAAGUCGCGAGCGCCGUCGGUUCCCAAAUCGCCCGUCCCGUCCUCCAGUGGAGGGGUCAACGCCUCCGGGGAUGACGUCUCUUCACCGCAGGGGGCGCCCUCGCCCGACGACGCUAGGGUUGCGUCGGGCAGGAAGUCAGGGGAGGUGACUUCUGAGAACAACGGUCCUGUCGUGUCAGGCUCUGGAGCCUCGGUGCCUCCUAUCGGGGCCGGCGGACACUAUGUGAAGAAGAAGACACGACGCGCUCCCAGCCCGCCCAAACAAUCGGAGAAACGGUCGCUGAAUCCGUUUGGGUCAGAUGAAGAGGAGGGAGACGAGGUACCCUCGGCAGCUACUGCGCCCCCUGCUGUGUCUCAAGAGACGACGCACAGCGAGCUGAAGGAACGGGCCAGGAAGUUGUUGGAGAAGGCCAAGAAGGAAGUGGCAGACGGCGGCCAGGAAGAGCUGCCUGAGAAUGAGAAGCAAAAACGCCUCCGAGAACAAGCGAAGAAAUUGAUUGCCGAAACUCGAGCUAACGAAAAGCUGCCCGAACAUCCGGUGGUGCGGCAGAUCAGCGGAGGCUCGACCACCAAACCUGCAGACUUCCAGUCUGCGGUUCAGAGCCCGGGCAAACCCGGGGAGCAGCCUCAGCUGAAGAAACUGUCGCUGGUCACGCCCAAGUUGUCCAGCCUACCCGGCAUGAACAAAGACAAAGGGUCCGGGGAAGAAGGCGGUCUGGGCAGUGACGGAGAGGAGAAUGAAGACCUGGAGCUGGAGCUUCACCUGACGCCCGACGAGCUGCGAGAGUUGGAACUGAACCUCCAGGACACCAACCAGUACGUGAAGAGUGAGCUGGACUCCCUGGAGCACGAGCAGCUGCAGAUCGACACGGAGGCCUCGCACCUGGAGGCCCGCCUCCGCAAGGUCAUGGAGAAAGGCAAGAACAAGAACCUGGAGGAGAGGCUGAUGAAGGAGUGGUUCCAGCUGGUGAACAAGAAGAACGCUCUGAUCCGUCGGCAGAUGCAGCUCAACAUUCU